ACACACCAUCACAUCACGGCUAUCCCCGAUGGAAGGCCUCGCUCGUCUCGACUAUUCGGGCACCCGACAUCUUCAAACUCACCAUCAAGGCAUUAUUUGCGAGCUUUUUGGCAGCUGAAACAUGCAAAGCUCCAAUUUAACAAUGCGAUCUGGAUGUGCCACCCUCGUAGUGUUGUUAUUGCUGCGAAUUAACCGUUCAAAGACCUUGUCUUAUCCCUGGCAAACACUGACUCGGUGUAGGUCUCACUCUCCCGUGGACCCGUCUGCUACGUACGUAGUGCCGCCGCUUGAUGAAAAUUCUUUCCGAACUGCUGCUUCGAGUAAGUUUGCGGCUGGCCCGUUGUCCACACGAACCAUGGGGCUGAAGGCCGUCGUCGAUCCUCCUCUAUUCCCAGAUGUUGGUUAUCGCAACCGGAUUAGUUCAACAUCAACCCCAGACUAAGUUGUCAUGAAGAUCUCCCCAAACCACCUACAUUAGAGACGUUGGGGAAUCCACUUGGCUCAGGGGCAGCGACGACAAUGGC